AUGUUCAUUUUACACAGGAAGAGGACCAGUUUGCUAGUUAAGCCGCAAUGGGAUGCCGUCGCAAAGCACGAAUCUAAAGGAUCAUUCUCUCUGGUUGAGAGCUCCUCAGUAAACAAUAAUAACGGGACGACGCUGGCGCUACAAUAUGAUGAAGAAGGGAAGCCCAAGUACGACCAAGUGAUUACGCAGAACAUGAGAAAGGGGAAGAUUGCAUACACGAGGCCCUCGGAUCAGAAGGAAAAGAGCUUCACAAGCGACCAGUUGACGAGACCAUCGGAGGAUAGAGUCCAGGAAAACCUGGCUAAGACAAAAGAGGCCCUGCAGUUGGCACUCUCCUCAAAAAAUACGCAGAUGGUUCAGAAGUCGGAAUCUGAGAUAUUCAGAUACACCCCGAACCAGAAGAGCGAGGUGGGUCAAAGGCUUAUUAAAAUGACGACGAGAGUGGUGGACCCACUCGAGCCCUCGAACAUAAGGCAUAAAAAGAUGCCAGCAAACCCGCCGAGUCCACCGGCAGCAGUGCUCCACUCGCCGCCGAGGAAGCUGACGAAGGAAGAUCAAAUGAACUGGAAGAUCCCGCCGUGCGUGAGUAACUGGAAAAACCAGAAGGGGUACACGCUGCCAAUAGAUAAGCGCGUGCAAGCGGACGGAAGAAGACUUCGAGAAGUGGUGAUCAACGACAAGUUCGCAUCACUCUCAGAGUCGCUCUUCAUAGCAGAAAGGACAGCAAGGGAGGAAGUGAGAAUGAGAAACGAGAUAAUACGCGAGGAGAAGCUCAAGGAGGCGAAGAAACGCGAAGAAGAGUUGCGCGAGUUGGCUGCAAAGGCAAGAGAGGAAAGACAUCAGUUGUUCGCACAGUCAAAGUCAAAGGGCUCAGAUUCAAUGAGUAAGCACGACGUAGAGGAGGAUGAAGAAUACGCGAGGGGAAGUAGACACAGGAGUGAAGGAAAACAUAGGCACGAUAGAGACGACGAAGAUGAAAGAGAACAUGAUCGUGGCAGUAGGUAUAGACACAGAGAUGACAAAGACGAUAGGAAGUACAGAGACGAUAGAAAAGAAACGAGGCACGACAAGGAAGAUAGGAAGCAUAGGGACGACAGAUAUGACAAAGAAGAAAGAUAUGACAAAGAAGAAAGAUAUGACAAAGAAGAAAGAUAUGAAAGGAAACAUAGACGUGAUAGAGAUUAUAGAGAUGAUAGAGAUUAUAGAGAUUAUAGAGAGGAUAGAGAUUAUAGAGAGGAUAGAGAUUAUAGAGAGGAUAGAGAGGAUAGAGAUGAUAGAGAUGGUAGAGAUGAUAGGAGGCACUCCAGGCACGAUAGGCGUGAUAGGAGUAGCUCGAGGCACAGCAGUGACCGCACAGAAGACAGUGACGACGAGAGAAGAGAGCUCCUGAAGAUAGAGGCGGAACGAAGAAGAGAGUUGGAGCGAGAAUGGCGCCUGGAAAAGGGAAUAAAGAAGAGGAGGACAGGCGAAAGGGACGUGAGCGAAAAGAUAGCACUGGGCCAGGCGAAGCCGACGAAAAUCACAGACCUAUACGACGCGAGACUGUUGCAAGGAGAGGCAGGAAUGUCAUCAGGCUUCGAUGGAGGAGAUGACGAGGGAUAUAACAUCUACGAUAAGCCGCUCUUCGCCGACAGAAGCACGGCGAACAUAUAUCAGCACUCGAAGGAGCGGUUCACUAAGUCCACAGGUGAUAUGAACGUGGCUUCCUUCGCCAACGCGGACCGCGGAGUACAGAGAAACACGCCAGUGGAGUUCGUAAAGGACCCGGACCCAUUCGGAUUUGAAAAGUUGCUUCAAAAGGCAAAGAAGACAUAG